ACCGUACGCACUUUAAUCUCCCUAAACGAUUUCGUCUGCUGUCCGUUUAAGUGGAGCAGCUGAAGCUUUUAACUUCCCAUGCUUCUACUUUUAUACUUUACGCGUUGGGUUCGAAUGCAACUAUUUCACCAUACAUAUUAAGGUAACAGUCGGAUGUAGCCUGCAGGUUUUUUUUGGACCUAUUUUACACUUUGCAGAUAACAUCAAGCAGCAAGAAAGCUUGCAGUUUGGCAAACACCUCCACUGGAGCUUCGGACUGAAAGAGGUGCGAGAGAAGAAGCGUUCUCCAUUAUUUGCUCCAAACUGACCUACGCGACCAACUUUAGCAUGAUGUCUUAUCUCAAGCAACCGCCUUACCCGGUUAACGGGCUCAGUUUAACCACCUCCGGUAUGGAUCUGCUGCAUCCUUCUGUGGGAUAUCCAGCUACUCCUCGAAAGCAGCGUCGGGAGAGAACGACGUUCACACGGGCUCAGCUCGACGUGCUCGAGGCGCUGUUCGCUAAGACGCGCUACCCGGACAUCUUCAUGCGGGAGGAGGUGGCCCUGAAAAUCAACCUGCCCGAGUCCCGUGUACAAGUUUGGUUCAAAAAUCGGCGCGCCAAAUGCCGACAGCAGCAACAGCAGCAGCAGAAUGGAGGACAGAACAAAGUGCGUCCGGCCAAGAAGAAGAGCUCCCCGGCGCGGGAGGCGAGCUCCGAGAGCGGCGCUAGCGGCCAGUUCACGCCGCCCUCUAGUACCUCAGUGCCGGCUAUAUCCAGCACGGCGGCGCCCGUCUCCAUUUGGAGCCCGGCGUCGAUCUCGCCGCUGUCGGAAGUGCUCUCCACCUCGUCGUCGUCGUCUUGCAUGCAGCGCUCGUACCCGAUGACCUACACACAGGCGUCCGGUUACGGUCAAGGCUACGCGGGCUCAGCGUCCUACUUCGGCGGUAUGGAGUGCGGUUCCUAUCUGGCGCCCAUGCACCACCAGCUGUCGGCGCCUGCAGCCUCGGCUCUCAGUCCCAUGAGCACCAGCGCCGUCACCAGCCACCUGAACCAACCGUCCGCUCAGGGCUACGGCGCCUCGGGCCUCAGCUUCAACUCCACCGCGGCGGACUGCCUGGACUACAAAGAUCAAACAUCCUCUUGGAAGCUCAACUUCAACGCUGACUGCUUGGAUUACAAAGAUCAGACUUCCUCCUGGAAGUUUCAGGUGUUGUGAGAGAGAGAGAGAGAGAGAGAGUGAAGCAAGCGAGUUUCUUGAAAAAAAUAAAAAGUAAACCCCUGAAAGACUAGACAAGACACACUGCAUAUCUGCCAUCUUUCAAAAAUCUAACAAAUACUUUUGGAGAGGUGGAUGAGUUGCGCUGUACCUGCCUCCAGUUAGCCACUCCUGUUUCUGUGUAACAAGGUCAAUUAUAUGAAUGGUUGCUGAAUGGUACACGAGAUAUAAGACCACAAGCUGUAAUUUAAGGAAAAAAAGAAUCCAAGUGAACUUAUAAGAAGCUAGAUCACAGCCAUGGAACAAAUCCUAACCCAUGUAAAGAGGAGAUGAAAUACACUACAUGUUGAAAUGUUGAUCUGGAAUGGCCAGGCUUCUCCAUCCAAAACCUCUUACAGCACGCUGACUUCUGUCCAUGUUGGCAAAACGAGAGACACUUCCUUUAGGACAAUGUGAGCAGGAGAGAGAACGAGUGUUUGCGUGUGUGUGUGUGUGUGUGUGUGUGUGUGUGUGUGUGUGCGCUGAACGCCCCCAGGGCGACCUGGAUGCACUACUUUAUUUAAGAAAAAGUGUUUAUAAGGAAUCAAUAUGUAGUUUUUAAGAGACAAUCAAUGUGUGUCUUAUAUAAAUGGUACAUGUGUUUUUUUUUUAAUCUGUGCUAGCCUUCGAAACUGUGAUCUGUUGUAACUGUAUGCAAUUUGUGAGCUCCCUCGCAACCGCAAAAAAAUCUCGGCUGUGAUUUUAAUAGAUUCUUCAUCUUCCUUUAAAGGUAAAAAAAAGAGAAAUUAUAUUAGUCACAUAUGAAUUUAAUUUGAGCUAACCAUUAAAGAUGACAAAUCUGCUAAAUUUGUUGAACGCCCAAAAGUGAGUAUUCCCUUCCACUCAUUUUUUUUUUGGUCUUUAGUGACCCACCGUCGAGGAUUUCCAACGCGGAUCUUAAACCUGUCUGGAGUAGUAAUGUGGUUCCACCCUUGCUGAGAACAUUAAUAAACGAUUUCACAUUUGA